GCAGGAGUGGCCCGGGGCAGAGUGACAGGGGACGGAGGGAGCACGACCACCCCGUGGCCAAGGUCUGCCCGCUGUGGUGUGAAGAAAUUAGAAUGAACCGAAGCAUUCCUGUGGAGGUUGAUGAAUCAGAACCUUACCCAAGUCAGUUACUAAAACCAAUCCCAGAAUAUUCCCUGGAAGAGGAAUCAGAACCACUUGCUCCAAAUAUAAGGAACAUGGCACCCAACAGCUUGUCCACACCCCAAACCCCUGACUGUUCCUCAGGAGACUUUUCUCAGGCUCACCUACACCUGAAACUUUCAAAUUGCCAGCGGCCUGUGUCCCGGCAGAUCACCUGCCUGCGCACCAAAGUCCUGGCAGAGGGUGAAGACAGCUUCUGGAGGGCACAUCCGGACCCAGGCAAAGAUCUGCCCUCGGACUGCUCUGCUGCCAGCGAAUCUGUGGUUGGAGCCCUCCCGCCAGAGCAUCAGUUUUUAUUUAUGGAAAAACGUAAUCAAUGGCUGGGAUCUCGGCUUUCAGCAGCUUCUCCUGACACUGGCCAUGACUCACACAAAUCAGAUCAAAGUUUGCCGAAUGCCUUAGCAGACUCCUCCGGUCAUAGCCAAGGGAUGGUGCCACAGCCCCAGCUGCACAGGAUCCGAGCAGCUGCAGAUCUGCCGACGAUAGACACGGGGUACGAUUCCCAGCCCCGGGACGUGCUGGGCAUCAGGCAGCUGGAAAGGCCCCUGCCCCUCACUUCUGCAUGUUACCCCCAGGACCUCCCCAGACCUCUCAGGUCCAGGGAGUACGAUCCGUUUGGACCGCAGAGGUCUCCAGCGUGUGCACAGCUGCCUCCCAACCCUUCCCCACACGCUCAGUGGAACUAUCAGCACCAUUGUCCUGGAGGCCCCCAUCACCAGGUGCCAUAUGGCCACAACUACCCUCGGGCAGCCUACCAGCGAGUGAUCCAACCAGCCCUGCCUGGGCAGCCCCCACCUGGAGCCAGUGAAAGAGGCCCGCACCCUGUGCAGAAGGUCGUUCUGAACUAUCCCAGCCCCUGGGAUGAAGAGAGGCCUGCUCAAAGAGACUAUUCCUCCCCAGGGCUCCCGAGGUAUCAGGACCAGCUGUAUAACCAGCCCCGUAACAGAGCUGGAGCUCCUGAGGAGUCCUGGGAGUGGCCUGCAGAGUUGAGACCACAGGGUCCCCAGGCUCCAUCUCCAGCCGCUGUCCCCAGACCCCCUAGUAACCCUCCAGCCAGAGGAACUCUGAAAAUAAGCAAUUUGCCAGAAGAAUUACGGAAAGUCUUUAUCACCUAUUCUAUGGAUACAGCUAUGGAGGUGGUGAAAUUUGUGAACUUUUUGCUAGUGAAUGGCUUCCAAACCGCAAUUGACAUUUUUGAGGAUAGAAUCCGAGGCAUUGAUAUCAUUAAGUGGAUGGAACGCUACCUUAGAGAUAAGACAGUGAUGAUAAUCGUAGCAAUCAGCCCCAAAUACAAACAGGAUGUGGAAGGCGCUGAGUCGCAGCUGGACGAGGAUGAGCACGGCUUACACACUAAGUACAUUCAUCGAAUGGAACCGGCCAGUCCCAGGAGCUGACAGCCGGUGUGUGGGAAGGGCUCCAGGUCCCUGCCAUUUCCUGAGGAAGCCUGUCAAGCUCUGCUCACGUGUGGCAAUGCCAGGCAGUAAUACACGGCUCAGCCCUGGAGCUUGCUGCCUGUGCCCAGCUGUGAACCAGGUUGUCUCAAAACUCAGUUUCUUGGGGCAGUGAUGUCUUGGGCCCCUCCUCAUCACUGAAGGGGCUGAAGAGGCCAGAUACAGAAGUGCCUUCUGCCCGCCUGGCUGCUUUCCUGGCCCCUUCCAGGCAGCAGCAAACUCCAGGGCAGAGGGAGUGAAGAGGAGCCCAGGAGGAACUGCAUCACACAGCCGCCGACGACUUCACAGAAAGCCAGCAUCUGGAAACAUGAGAGAAAAUAAACACGCACUGCUGCCGGCUGGCCGCUCCACAGACUGAGUGGCCCAGUGAAUAAACAAAAUUUUACAGUGUGCAGUGUCCUGGAAGUCAGACACAAAAUCCGGCUCUUCACUUUAGCUUGUAAACAAUGCCCUUCCUCUGACGUGUCUGUACUGAUGUGGUGGGUGCUUUUAGUUGCCCAGUACUUGGGUCACUUUAAAACAUGCUUUUGGGUCCUGGCCUGUGUGGCUGUGUUGGUUGGAGACUGUCCCAUAAACUAAAAGAUCGCAGGGUCAAUUUCCAGUCGGGGCAUAUACCGAGGUUGUCAGUUUGAUCCCCUGUCAGGGCACUCACACGAGGCAACCCAUCAGUGUCUCUCUCUCUCUCUCUCCCCCAGGGCAUGAGAAACAACAACAACAACAUGCUUUUGGUGUUGUCCUCUGAUUUUCCAAGGGAGGUGUUUCUGAGAAAACACCUUGUGGAUAAUUUGUGUGUGUUUGCGAAUAAGCAUGAGUGUAUAAGAGCGUGUGUUUAUGAGGGGUUUCUUUGGUGAAUUCAUUGCUGCUGUCACAUUCCUCUCAGUUCUGUUUUUAUUCCAUGCACGAUGGAGGCUGCUCCAUAAUAAAAAUCAAUUGGAAGGUAAAAUAGUUAGGAACUCAUAAUUCCUCAUCUCCCCUGUCAUCGGAAGACUGAACACUCUGUGCCAGUCACAGGAUUUGGAAAACUGGGACUCCUCUCCGACUGCGAAUUCUGGUUUCGAUAAAGUUCCUGGCAGUGAAAUCUCUCUGGGCCACCGCAGUGUCAGAGCAAUCGGAACUGGUGUGGGAAACCUGACCCUGGGGAGACACCUCCCAGCCUCGUCCUCGGUCUUCUGCUCCCUCCCCAGGCCAACCCGUGCUCUAGCUGCAAGGCAUUACUAGCGGGGCCCAACCCUCCAACAUAGUUUCACACCUCCAGACAUUUGCUCCGGCUCUGUCCCCUGCUGAGAAGUCAUUCCCCUCCUCCCGAUUUUCCCUGCCUGACCAACUCCUCCUAAUAUCCAAAUGGCACCUCCCUUGUAACUGUCCUUCAAAGCACGAUGUAGAGUAGAUGGCCCCCACGUUAGGCUUCCACAGCGGUUUUUCCGUACAUUUUAGACUGCAGUCUGGUGGUAGUUGGCCUACCUGAGUGCUUGCUGGACUGCUGGCUUUGUGAGCACAGAGAUUGUACCAGUGGUAUUCUAGUAAACUGGUCUCUUCCAUUCCCCACAAAAUCCUGAUUCGUGACAUCUGCCCAUUUCCAUGGUAUAAACACUCUCACCAUGGCCAAUUUCAAGCUAGCAGUGUGAAGUCACUGAGCACAGAAUUGAGAAGGGGCACACAACUGGCUUAUGUGGGCCGGUGAGAACCAGCUCAACAGAUCCUAAAAGGUAUCCUAAUCCUUGAAACCCGAAGUCUGGCAUGGACUAUGACUUUGAGCAGGCCCUCCAUAAAUGAUUGGCAGAUGAGUAAAUGGCACAGAUGUGUAAUGGGGAGAGCUUCAGAUGAUAAGGGUGUGGCACUCAAAAAAGAAAAUCAGAGUAGAAUGCGGUGUGGGCUUGCAUGAUUGCAAGUAGCGUUAGCUCUUCAUCCUUGGUCCUGAAAUUAAACCUUGCCUUU